AUGACUGGGUGUAGUGACAGAGAAAACGACGAGGAGGGAGAUAAGGAUGGAGAGAUCCUGAAGAGGACCCAGAAGAAGAGAAGCAAGAGUGAGAAGCACGUGUCUUUUCCUCCGGAUGGACAGAUAGUGUCAGGCUUCUCUGAGCACAAGGACAGAGGUAGAAAUGUUGACAGCUGCCUCACCUUGACAGAGGUAAGCUCAGCCUACCGCAGGAGCUGUGACAAGCACCAGGUGGAACCCAGACCUCAUAUUCUGGAGCAGCUUAAGUGGGGUAACUGCGUAGGGAGCCGGGUGAGAUGUCUGGAUCUAAGAGGUGAGCGAUUAGACCACCGCUCCUGCGAAGCUCUGGAAGUCAUCCUGAAAUCGCUUCACUUUGAUUUCAUCAAUCUGCGGGCAGCCCAGCUGGAAGAAAAUGGAGCGUCAUCUUUGCUGGAUAUGAUUUUGUACUAUGAAUCUACAACACAUCUUGACAUGUCUGACAGCCCCAGUAUAGGACCAUCCGGUUGGAGGGCCCUCACUCAUUUGAUAAAACAGAGCGUGUGUCUGUCCAGGCUCGAUGUGUGUAACGUGUCCAUGCUUGACUAUCCUGCCCAGUCGCUAUCUAAAGCUCUUCUGACCAGCCAGCUGGCCGUCCUGCACCUUCACAAUGCACAACUCAGCGGCACGCCUCUCUACUCGCUGGUCAGUGCUCUUAAGUCCAACCGAGCCUUGCUGGAGCUUGACCUUUCCGACAACCAGCUCAAUAGCUAUCAGGAUGCCAUCCAGCUCGGAGAUCUCCUGCGGUACAACAGGACCUUGCAGACCCUGGAGCUCAGCAACAAUGCCAUAGCAGACGCUGGUUUGGAGGAGCUGUGUGAUGGUCUAAAAUGGCCGACAGCUAGUCUCAGGGUCUUACUGCUAAGAAACAACCAGAUCACCACUGAUGGCGUGGUCCACCUGCGCAACGCUCUGCCGGUGCUGAAGACUGUGGAGGUCUUGGAUUUGGGAGGGAAUGCUCUCGGGAACAGUGGGAUCCAAACACUUAAAGAGCCUCUGAUUAGGAACCGUUCACUGCUGCAUCUUGGCUUGGCCAACUCCCACAUCACUUGUGAAGGCACCGUGGCUUUGGCCGAGUACCUCGUGGAGAGUCAUCAGAUUCGGCGCCUGGACGUCCGUCAGAACGAGGUGAGGGUGGGCGGACUGAUGGCCUUCUCACUCGCCCUGAGGAUCAACCACUCUCUGGUCGAUCUGGAUUCAGACCCGAUCCCUGAACAGGACGAGUUUCUGAUGGCGACCCAGAAGCGACUGCUGUCCGAGAUAGCCGACCUGUGUGUCGCCAACGCGCGCCGCGCUGCCGUCGCCGCCACCGAAACCACCGAGCUGCAGCCAGAACCUACCGCCGACACCUCCUCCUCCUCCUCCUCCACGUCUUCUUCCUCUGCCUCCUUUAUCAUGGCCCAUGUGGGCAUGGCGGCCUCCCAACCUUCGCUCGCCUCCAGCCAAGCGGCCCCCAAACGUCAGCCAAGCUCGCUCCAUCCAGCCGGGCCCCGGAUCACCUCCGCCAGCCUCCGCUCGACCCUGGAACCACAUCCAGCCCUGAUGGCAGAGAGAGACGAGGGGCAGAUGUGUGGGCAGUGGGAGUAG